AGUAGGUGAUUUCAGCGUUAGAACCAGAUCUCGUUUCCUACUUCAACAGCACUUGCACCUUCAUGCAUGUAGCGUGUGUAUGCUGUACAAGGGGGGCCAAAAACAACGCACCGUGCCAAUGUUAUUAAUAGUCCGACCAAUCUGCGUGAACGCUUUGUCUCUUUAAUCCUGUUCGAGCGCGCACUUGAUGGGCGAGCGAAAAAUUCUGCUCAGAAAAGUGGUGGCGCUUGAUCGAGCCAGGUUGUGCAGCCGUGAUAUAACUCGAUGAUGAGUGCCGAAUUGUACAAGGUGCUGGAAUGUCCGGAGAUGGGCCGGUACGGAGUGGCGUCCCGUGACCUGCGAGCUGGAGAAAUUGCAUACGAAGACACGCCGUUUGCGGUCGGACCGAGCGUUGGGAGUGCGCCGUUGUGCUUGGAGUGUGCCUGCCCGGUAGAUGGCUGUGCCGGCGGAGCUCGAUGUCCCCGGUGUGGAUGGCCACUGUGCGAGGAGUGUGGAGCCGAGAUUGAAGCAAGCGUGUACCAUAAGGCAGAGUGCGAGUUGUUUGCGAAGCACGGAGUCAAGUUUCAAAAUGUGGAAGAUUCUUCCGAAGCGUGUGUACAGUUGGAUUGCAUAACUCCGUUGAGGGUGUUGCUCGCGAAGGAAGCUAACCCAGACCGGUGGAAUGCGGAAAUCGUCAUGAUGGAAGAUCAUCGGGCAGAACGGGACGGAAAUGCCUUCUGGAAGGCGGAUCAGAGCAACGUGGUCGCAUUUCUGCGGGAUAGCUGUGGUCUGAAGGAUCGCUGCUCCGAAGAACUUAUCCAGAAGGUGAUUGGAAUUCUGGACGUGAACGCAUUCGAAGCGCACACUUGUUCUCUGCGUGGUCUCUACCCCAAGAUGGGUAUCAUGGCGCAUUCGUGCGUUACCAACUUGGCCCACACGGUGCAUCCGAGUAAAGGUUACAGGCUCAUUGCCAGGGCAGCGGUCGAUAUUGAGGAGGGUGCAAUGUUGUGCACAACCUACACGCAUUUGUUGGCCGGCACCAGAACCAGGCAGGCGGAACUUCAAAGAACAAAGUAUUUCACCUGCCAGUGCAAGCGAUGUCUGGAUCCGACAGAACUUGGAACGCACUUUAGCUCGAUGAAGUGUCAAAAGUGUGACAACGGGCUGGUCGAAUCGACUAAGCCAACAGACGAGGAAGCGGAAUGGAAAUGUACCCACUGCGAACACAAACUCAAAGGAGCCUUAAUAGCCAAAGCCAUUCAAGUUAUGCAGGCGGAAAUCGACGAGCUAGCAUACAUGGAGUACGGCCCCGAACGCCUGGAGAGCUUCGAACGCGUGUUCAAAAAGUUCCGCAGCGUGCUCCAUCCCCUCCACUUUAUCAACACCUCAAUUCGACACAGCCUGAUCGAGCUGUACGGGCGAAUCCCAGGCUACAUGAUGCAGGAGCUGCCCGACAUCCUGCUCGAAAGAAAGAUCGAGCUGUGCAAAGACAUCCUCCGUGUGAUCGACGUGUUCGAGCCGGGCAAGUCGCGAUCACGUGCGAUGCUGCUGUACGAACUGCACGCGCCAAUCGUGGUGCUGGCGCAGUCCGAGUUUAGCCAGGGUAGUUUGGGGGGCGAACCGCUGAAGAAACGACUGCAAGAAGCAGUCCAACUGUUGGAGGAAUGUACAGAGAUGCUAGAGUGGGAAGAUCCUACGACGCCGGAGGGGACAUUGGCGGAUGUGGCGAAACAGUCGCUGGUUCAGUUGAAACGAACGGUUCAAGUGCUGCCUUGAGCUGACAGACUGUGCGAAUCUAUGCUGAUGUACGGAAAUUUCUUGAACUGUCUCAGAAACGGGAUUUAAAAUAAGGAUUGUAUUUUACUGUGAAAUUAUGCUUUUGUUGAAAAU